AUGGCUGGACUGGCUGUCGGUGCUGUUGGUACCUCCGUUGCCUACUACAGCUGGAGUGACACCGAGACGAAGCAGAGCAUCGGGAAGAAUAUGCCUAAAUACGCCGAUAAGCCCACAAUGCUCAAAGCUGCCAAAGAAAUCCAAGAUGUCCUCGGCGAAGACGCCGUCAGCAUGGACGCAGACGACCUAGAGAGCCACAGCUACUCGGAAGCAUCAACAUCGAACGUCUCCGCCCGACCAAUUGCCAUAAUAAUGCCGACAACCACAGAACAAGUCUCCCUAAUCGCAAAGAUAUGCACAAAGUACAAAAUCCCCAUGAUCCCCUUCGGCGCCGGUUCCAGCGUCGAGGGCCACUUCAGCACCCCCUACUCCGGCUUCAGCAUCGACCUCUCCCGCAUGGACAAGAUCAUCGCCAUCCACGAAGAAGACAUGGACGCGGUCGUGCAACCAGGCGUGAACUGGGUGAAUCUGAACGACACGCUUAAAUCCACUGGUCUGUUCUUACCGCUAGACCCAAGUCCCACGGCGCAUAUUGGGGGUAUGGUUGCAACAAACUGUAGUGGGACAAAUGCUAUGCGGUAUGGGACUAUGAAAGACUGGGUUAUUAAUCUUACUGUUGUCUUGGCGGAUGGAACUGUGCUUAAGACGAGGCGGAGGCCCCGGAAGACUUCGGCCGGGUAUAAUCUCAAUGGCUUGUUUACCGGGUCUGAAGGGACGUUGGGGAUUAUCACGGAAGUAACGCUGAAACUGGCUAUCGUGCCGUCGCAUUUUGGCGUGGCGACGACGGCGUUCCCAUCUGUUGCGGCGGCUACGAGGGCUGCUACCUCGAUGAUUCGGGGUGGUGUUGCGCUUGCAGCGCUGGAGUUGAUGGAUGAUGUUCAAAUGCGGGUGAUUAAUCAGACAGGCGGCACUGGGGGGAAAAUGUGGUCCGAGAAACCGACUCUAUUCAUCAAAUUCUCCGGUUCAGAACGAGCUGUCGAGGAUAGUAUUUCAGCGGCUCGGGAAAUCGCACACGCACACGGUGGAUCAAGGUUCGUCGCAUCACUGGACGAAAAGACCAUGACGGCACUCUGGUCAGCGCGCAAGCAAGCCCUUUGGGCGAUUCUCUCCGUGCGUCCAGAAGGAACUCAGAUCUGGUCUACGGACGUCGCCGUCCCGCUCUCCAAUCUAGGCGACAUCGUUGAGCAGUCGAAGACCGAUGCAUCGAAACUGGGAUUAUUCUCGACCGUACUCGGACAUGUUGGUGAUGGGAACUUUCACCAGGCAGUUAUGUAUAACCCUGACAUUCCAGAACAAGUGGAUGGCGUGAAGAAGUGCGUUGAUACUAUGGUUGAUCGUGCGUUGGAGAUGGAUGGAACAGUAUCGGGCGAGCAUGGCAUUGGAUUGGGGAAGAAGCAUUGUCUGGAGAAAGAGUUGGGGCCUGUCACUAUCGACGUGAUGAAGACGUUAAAGCGGAGUUUGGAUCCGCAUUGGUUGCUGAAUCCCGGGAAGAUCUUAGAUGCAUGA